AUGGUCUCAAGUCAUGAUCAUGAUGAUACACUUGUAAAGCAAUUACCUGGUUUGACUUCUCAACUCUCGUUUCAACAUUACGCUGGACAUAUUCAAUUACAAGAAAAUGAAAAGUUGUUUUAUUGGUAUACAGAAAGUCAAGAUGAACCGAAGAAUGAUCCGAUUGUUUUAUGGUUAAAUGGUGGACCAGGUUGUUCUUCAUUAGGUGGUUUCUUUACGGAGAAUGGACCAUUUGUUGUUCGUGAUAACUUAAGUCUUCAAGUGAAUCGAUAUUCAUGGAAUCGUAAGGUUAAUAUGGUGUGGCUUGAAUCUCCUGCUGGUGUUGGUUUUAGUGGUGAUGUGAAAGGACCUGAUUACUAUAAUGACGAUAUUGUUGCGUUAAAAACUCAUGAAUUCCUUCGUCUUUUUUUCAAUAAGUUUAAAGAACUGAAGGAUCGUGAGUUUUAUAUUACUGGAGAGAGUUAUGCUGGUAUGUACAUUCCAUACCUUGUUGAUCGCUUAGUGAAUGAUCCACUUGAAGGUGUGAACCUUAAGGGAUUUGCUAUUGGUAAUCCAUUCACAGAUAAUCUUAUUGAUGGCAAUGCAUACAUUGAUUAUUAUUAUUCUCAUGCAAUGGUAUCAUUAGAAGCUUAUGAGACUAUUAAAGUACAAUGUGGUGCUCAUAUUGGUUGUCUCUUUGAUGCAACACCUUGUCCUGUUGGUUGUGAAGCACUUUUAAAAGAAGCAGAAAGUGAAGCAAACGCUGAUGCAUUGGAUCCAUAUUUUAUCUAUGGUGACAUAUGUCUCAUGGAUAAUACUCAAGCUAAAGCUCUUCGUAAGAAAGCAAAACCAUCCGUACAAAUUUCACCAACACAUCGUGGAGAUAUUGGAGCUUGUGCUGAUUCCCUCACUCAUCUUUACUUGAAUCUACCAGAAGUUCAGGAAGCGAUACACGUGACUGAUAGUGUAGAUGGUAAUUAUGUCAAAUGGAAUGGAUGCAGUGAUCUCGUAGGCGAUCUCUAUACAUCAAGUCCCUCUUCAUUACCAAAGUACCAGAAUAUUUUGAAUCAAAACCUCACAGCUCUCAUUUACAGUGGUGAUGCUGACUCUGUUGUAAACUUUAUUGGUACUGAGCGCUGGAUUGGUGGUCAAGGUCUUCAACUGCGAAUUCUAGAGAAGUGGCACGCAUGGUUUGGUCCAGAUAAACAACUUGCUGGAUAUGUUCAAGAGUAUGAAGGUCUAACAUUUAAGACUGUGAAAGGUGCUGGUCAUAUGGUCCCUGCAGUGCGUCCACUCCAUGGUCUUCAUCUCUUUGAAUGUUUUGUGUUUGGACAAGACGCUUGUGAGAAAUUUAUGUAUCCAAUGGAUGACAAUGAGAUUGAGACUGGCUUAACUGUUCAGAAUGUAAAGUUGGACUAUCUGAACGGUAAUGUUGUAUCAAACAAGUCAACGAUUUUGUUGAUUAUGAUGAUAACUUGUGGAGUUUCUCUAUUAGUAGUCGUUGGUUAUUACAACGGUCGGAACCGCAAACGUUUCUGUAAUGGCUACCAAGCUGUAGUUUAA